AGAGCGUUGUUUUUUGUGGGUUAUUCCAGAUUGGGAGGCGAGUAUUAAAAUCCCGGGAAGAUAAAUGAUCGUCCUUGGACUUCCGGUUUGUUCUUUCGAUUGUCAAUGCCUUUGGCCAAGAUCUAUCAAUUCGCCCUCUGAGUUCUGAGAUCAUGACAGCCAGUACUCGUGGCGCAUAUAGCUAAGACAAAUAGUGUGCAGUUUUCUUGAGCCAGAAUAUUGUCAACAGACUAUUGCAAUACUGCAAUAACUAAAAUGUCCUUUUAUUUACGAAAACUGCGACGCACCCUUCGUCUCAUUCCAUCCACUCAAAGUCUUAGCUUCGGUUUCUCGACACGAGUGAACGAGAGGGAUAAUGCAAGUUCACUUUCUGAUGGAUCAUCUCCAAAUGUGUCACGACUGCACAGAACAUCCUCAUCCAUACCAAACCAAACCGCACCCACCAGAACAGGUGAGGGGUCAGUCACAUCGGCAAAUGAAAUUGCUCACAAUCUGCUGCCCGUCAUCAUACCACCGGCUGAGUCUCUUCUGCCGAUGUCAUACAAAGAUGUGAAAGACAUUCUUUUGAGCGAAUCUUUGAAGAGAGCUUCCUCUUCCUCUGAAGAAAUAGACUUCGUUUCAAAGGCUGUUAAGUCUGUAAGACUGACCUGUGAUGAUAUACUGGUUGACCCUCUGGGUGGACCCUUCGACUGUGAUCUCCUCCAAUCUGUCAAUGAAAGAAUACCUAUAGAUAUUUUGGCACCAACACCUCUGACCUGCCCAUCCUUUCGAGAUUUCCGUAUGCCGCACUGCGAUGUGUGGAGAAAGAACAUUCAUUCUGUUGAAGAACUCUCUAGAGGAAGUGAGAGCCAAAGAGUUAAUCAAGACUUAUCACCUGCCAAUGCUGCAAUCCCUAAUGUGCAUACUGUGUUUUUUUCUGCGAGUGGAAGCCGAGACAGUCAGAGCUCCUCUGAAUCCUCAAAAGAUGGGCCUUCACCAGAACAAAUGCACAACGUAAAGGAAAAACUGGAGGCACUGGUUACAAACCUGUUCAAAGGUCGUCAUGACUACGGCAUUCUCCACAAGCAAGUAAUAUUGGAGAACAACCUGUUUGGGGACAAUAAAGUUAGCAGAGGUGUGACAGCCUAUGCCAUGGAGCUGCUGAAGCUUCGGUUCCGUAUCCACGUGCGGUACUCGAGCACAGCCAUGGAGAUUAUGAAUGUGACGAGCCUGGAGCAAAGCGGAGUCAUCCGCAUCCACUGGCGUCUCAAGGGCGUUUCACAGAUUCAGGUGCUCAAGUUUUGGAGGCUCUUUCAGAGCAAGAACACGAUCCUGAAGGAAGACUGGGAGUGGUUAGAGGCAUUCUCCUAUUUCCACAUAGGAAAAGAUGGACUUGUGCAUAAACAUAGGAUUGACAGGAUGAUGCCGGACAACGAGAGGGAGACCAACAAUCUGACGGAGAAGCUGCAAGGUCUGCUGAACCCUGCCAAGCCAUUGGUCAGUUGAACGCCCGCGUGUCCUGAAGCAUGUGGUCAGUCUGUUGAGGCGGGAUGUCAUCUACGUUCGGAGUCGGAGAUGAGAGUCACAAACACACACACACUCACACAAUCAUCUUCUCGGGCUUGUUCCUCAUUUGUUCCGAGGCGAAGAUGGACAAGUUUUCCGUCUUGACUGACUGUAGUCAAGAUGAAGUUCUUCUUACUGUCGUUGGAAUGUUAUCUUGACGAUACUCAUAAAGUGUAGGGGUGGGGGUUUGCUGUUUUUUACGGUAGCCUUGCAUUUUUGGUAGAUUUGUGGUGAAAAGCCUAUUGCUAUCGGUUUCAUUACAUAUUUUCAGCAUUGACUUUUGUUAGUUAAUGUAGGUGUAUGUAUGUGUAAACGGUUUUGAUUACAAGUGAAUAAAUUUAUAUAAAUAGUGUAUAAGUAUGGAUCAAGCAAGAUUUGUUGUUUGCGUCAGAUAUUUUAUCAAGACAAUAACUAAGAAAUGGUGUUUUCAGUGUCUUAAUCUUCAAAAUAAAACAAAAGUGACUUCAGCAAAUGUGGUCUGAGAAUGGGGUGUGUGUUAAAGCUAUUGUCAAUUGUCUCUGUAAGCCUUUAGUACUUACACUUAUAGGGAACUUAUAGUUCGGUAUUUGUAAAAAAAAA